AUGCAACUGGCUUCUAACAAUAACUCUCAGCAUGUCGCCGGGCCCUGUGUGCACUCAUACACCAGACAGUUGAAAUGGCUCCGUUACACUAGCCCAGAUCCCCUACUCCAGGGAGGACCCUUUACACACACUAGGCAAUCGAGUAAACGCUCUGCUCAAGCCCAGUUCGUGAGGAAUAUGCAGGAGUUUUUGGAUACCUAUGAGGCACAAAUGAGGUAUCUUGGGGGUGGACAGGUCCUUGAUAAGAAAGUACGACAAGAAGCCAUUGCACAAAAGCAACAUCUUGAAUCGCUCUUUAAGCUCGUCGCAAAUGUUCGACGAGUACAAGAAGGUGCACGAGCCGCCGACCACGAGGUUCUGGAACAAGAGCGGGAGCAGGAAAAAAGGGAACAACGGGAGCUGUUUGCGCAAUUCAAGCAGUCCGAUGAAGCAAGAAACCAACGGAUAGCAGAGAUGGAGGAACGACUACGACAACAUUUGUCAGUAGCACCUUCCAUGGUUAGUGCUCCCGUAGAUCCUACCGCACCCCAAACGGUUCCUGUUGGCAAUGGCAAGAACCCCGAAAAUGCUGGCCCUGUUACGGUCAUGCCAAGCAUUUACGGGAGCCCCCAAACAUCAGGGAACGGUAAGCAAUCAGUAGGAGGAAAUGGAGGUAAGCAACCGGAGGACGCCGGCCCAGUGCAGGGAAAUAGUGGAAGGCGACCGGCAGGAGCUGCUCCAGUAGGAGGGAAUGGUGGAAAUCAACCUCCCCGGAACCCACCAGGAGGAAACUUUGGGGGAGACCCAGAACCUUCCGACGACGGUGACGACGAUAAUAGCGAAUGGUCGCACGGUAGGAAGAACUGGAGAAUGAACCGAGGCGGGAACCGGAAUUCGGCGCCGCCUGAGGACGAGGAUAUGGUAGAUUCGCUCGCCAAAAUACCCUUCGAGUUCGAUAACGCCCGGAAGCAUAACCUGCGGCAUUGGCUCAUGGAGUGUGAGAUCUACUUUGAGCAGAAGCCCAAGAAGUUCCGAACGGACAGGAACAAGGUACUUUUCGCUGGAACGUAUACGUGUGGGUUGGCAAAGGAAUGGUUUAUGGAAUAUAUCGAGACCAAGAUGCUAGGCCCCGCAGCCGCGGACUAUGCCACUUGGACUCGGUUCCGUCAGGAGAUCAGAAAACGGUUCCUAAGCACUCAGGAAGCUAUGGAGAACGCGAUGAAGAUGCAGCAGUUUAAGUACUCUGCUAAUAUCGGGGACUACCUGACGAGAAUGGAGAUCAUGAACCAGCAUGCUCAGAUGAAAGGAGCAUCCUAUCGCGCCGCCUUGCUCCAAGGGCUACCAAAUGAAAUUCGGGAGCGCCACUCACGUUUCGAUCCAACCGAUGACGACUCCGAGUAUAUCCAACAGUUGGAACGAGCCGGUAAGGCCCAUGAGGCUUAUCAAGAGCAGAUGAAGAUGUUGGGGAAAGCAGAAUCGAGAGGGAAGGAGUCGAACCAUGGUGGGAACUCGCGGCAGAAGGAGAAGGGGUUUAAGAUCAACGGAAGGGCUCAGACUGAGGAGAAGGAAAAAGGACAAGAUAAGAAGAGCACCAGCAAGAAUAAGUCUGGGAAUAAACCAAUAUACCACGACUACGACGAAGCCACCAAAGGAGUUCCACAGCCGGUCAGAGACCAGCGAAAGACCGAUGGUGUCUGCGUGCGAUGUGGCCGAAAGGGGCAUCUUUGGAAAUGGUGUCGUUCGGAUGCUAACAGUAGCGCAUCUAUCUCCUCUGUCUCCCGAAAGCGUACCCGCGAUGACGAUGGCGACCACGACAUGGAACCACCGGAACCCCAACCUCAGAGAAAGCGAAUGAGGCACCGUGCUAGGAAGCCGGCUGCUACGGCUGCUGCGGAGUACACCAGUGGGCAAGCGUUUGUACGAGAAUGCGGAUCGGAAUCGGAAAUGGACUUCGAUAUGGGUUUUUAG